CGUGUACAAACAUGAACCCGUAUAGAGUUUAUCGACAGAGCUCUCAACAACAUCGUUGAAAAACUAUAAACUACUUGUCUGUAAAGAAACGAAAUAUGAAAUCUCGAUUGUGUGUAUCGCCUUUGCUCGCUAAGUGUUCGAUCAAAUGGGGAGGCAGAUAUGCAUCCUCUGUUUCUGCCUUUUCUUCUGCUCUUCAACUUUACUUAUGUUAACAGGUGUUGAUGCUGUCUCUGUGAAGCUUUUUGUGUUUGGGGAUUCCUAUGCUGAUACUGGAAAUUGGAGGAAAUCCGGCGGCGGUCCGUGGAAGGAGCCUUAUGGUAUCACCUAUCCUGGUGAGCCAGCAGGUCGAUUCUCCAAUGGUCGUGUUCUCUCCGAUUACAUUGCAUCAUUUUUGGGUAUACAAUCACCGUUACCUUUCCAACUGAGAGAUAUGGGGAAGCCACAGAAUGGGAUGAAUUUUGCAUAUGGAGGAACAGGUGUGUUUGACACGUUGGCAAGUGAUCAGCCUAACAUGACAACCCAAAUCAAGUUUUUUCAACAACUACUUGAAGAAAAUGUGUUCACCAAACAAGACCUCAACUCUUCAAUUGCUCUGGUCUCACUGGCAGGCAAUGACUAUGGUACUUUCCUCCUUACAAAUGGAAACAUUCAGGACUUGCCAGGCCUCAGCAAAUCUGUUAUUGAGCAGCUUACUUUGAACCUGAAAACUAUACAUGACUUGGGAGUCCCAAAGAUAGCAGUUACAUCAGUGGAGCCUAUGGGUUGCUUGCCACAAGUGACUGCCUCAUCUUCAUAUCAAAACUGUAGUGAAGGUUUGAAUUCAGUCUCUCAGUCCCAUAACAAGCUACUGCAACAAGCAGUGGACAGCUUGAACAAAGAGAUGGGGAAACCUAUCAUCCAAAUUUUGGACCUUUACAAUGCUUUCUGGACCACAUUGUUCAAUACACCCAACCAAACAGGAAGUAUGGAGGUAGGGAGUUCAUUGCUGAAGCCAUGUUGUGUUGGUGUGUCAAGUGAAUACUCAUGUGGGAAUGUGGACCAGAAUGGAGGCAAGAAGUAUGAAGUGUGCAAGAACCCUGAAUCAUCAUUCUUUUGGGACAUAAUACAUCCUUCCCAAAAUGGUUGGAACCAAGUGUUUUCUGCUUUACAAGCCACUCUCUCCACCAUCUCCACUACCCAAAUCAACUAAUUAAAUAGUGCUCAAGGCUUACAUGGUUGGAAAUGCUUGGAUUGUGUACUAUGUAUUCUGCUCAAUGAGAUCAUAAAGUUGGUUAUUUCUGCUGUAAUGUUAUAAUAUACACAUGCAUUUGGUAAAUGUAAGAUGAAGAUGUUUAAUCUAUCACAUACUUCAAUUAAAUAAAAACAUUUUAGU